UUCAAGUCCUUGCGAGGAGCCGCACGGCGCGUCUGCCGCUGCGCCUCGCCCCACCCGCCCCGACCCAAAAGAGGGAAAAGAAAGUAGCCGCCGCCGCCGCCGCCGCCCCGGCAGCAGCCUUGGCCCCCUGCUCCUUCGCGGGCGCCCUCAGCCAGCGCCUCCGCCGCCCGGAGAUGGCCCCCGCCGCAGCCCGCCCGGGGGGCUCGCUCUGCAGAGCCGCCUGUCGGCAGCUCCUCUUCGGCCUCUUGGUAUUGAGUUUAUUUUGUGAAGCUUGCAAGAAAGUCACUUUUAAUGUUCCUUCUAAAUUAGAAGCUGGAAUGUUAGUUGGCAGAGUAAAUCUGAAAGAGUGCCUUAAGUCCGCAGAACAUAUCAGUUCAAGCGAUCCUGACUUUAGAAUUCUAGAAGAUGGUUCUGUGUAUACAACAAAUAUCAUUUCUUUAUCUUCUGAAGAAAAGACUUUUACCAUAUUACUCAAGGACAUUCAAAGACGUGAAGAAAAGAAGAUACUUGUCAAUUUGCUAGCUCAUCAAGAAAAAACGCAUAAGGUAAGACGUACUAGAGAUACAGUCCUCAGGCGAACCAAAAGAAGGUGGGCUCCUAUCCCAUCCUCUAUGAUGGAGAACUCUCUAGGACCUUUUCCAAUGCAAAUUCAACAGGUCCAGUCUGACACAGCCCAAAACUACACCAUUUAUUACUCUGCAAGUGGUCCUGGAAUUGAUAGAGAUCCAAAGGGUUUGUUCUAUAUAGAGAGAGAAACUGGGAAUAUUUUUGCUACUGGCCCAGUAGACCGUGAACAAUAUCCAAGCUUUCAGAUAAUUUGCUUUGCAACCACUGCAGAUGGAUAUUCACCAGAGAUACCACUGCUGCAUACAAUCAGAAUAGAAGAUGAUAAUGAUAAUGUCCCAUGCUUUACACAGGACCUUUUUGAGUUUGUUGUUCCUGAACAUUGCAAACCUGGUACAGUAGUUGGAAAAGUCAUUGCAGAAGACAGAGAUGAACCUUAUACUCUGCACACUACCCUGAGAUAUCGAAUUGUAGCAGAACAACCGCCAUUACCCAAAAUGUUUUCUGUUCACCACGAAUCAGGUGUAAUUACCACACUAACAUCACAACUGGAUAGAGAGAUAACAGGCAAACAUAUAGUGCUAAUUGAAGUACGAGAUAUGGCAGGUCAGCCUUUCGGUUUGUGCAAUACAGGAACUGUUGUCAUUAACAUUGAAGAUGUAAAUGACAAUGCCCCAUGUUGUGGCCAUUCAUCUUAUGAAACAAAAGUACAGGAAAACCAAGUGAAUGUGGAAAUACUGAGAAUUCCUUGUUUGGACAAGGAUGAGCCUAACUCACCUGCCUGGAACUGUAGAUUCAGCAUUGUAAAAGGAAAUGAAGAUGAUCGUUUUGCUAUUACAACAGAUGGAAGAACAAAUGAAGGGGUAUUAUGUGUUGUUAAGGGAUUGGACUACGAAACUGCCAAUCUGAGGAUACUUGAGAUUACUGUAGCUAAUGAGAUACCUUAUGCAGUAGUACCAUAUUCAAGUGCACUUCCCCAGAGCAUCUGUGCUGUUAGAGUUAUCGUACUAGAUGAUGAUGAGGGACCAGUAUUCAAACCUUGUUUGUUACCUAUAAAAAUUGACGGAUGCGGGUCAAUUGGAACAGUGGUUGGCAAAUACGUAGCAGAGGAUCCAGAAACAGGAAAUAGUGAAGGCAUAAGCUAUCGGAUAGAACCUGGCCAAUGCACCUGGAUUACCAUUGAUGAAAAGUCAGGCGAGCUCAGAACUACUACACUUUUUGACAAAGAUAUGGCAGUCAGGCAGUGCAAUAUUACAGUCCUUGCAAUAGACCGAAGUGGUAAAACAGGUACUGGAACAGUGUUGGCUACUGUAGAUGAUUGCAACGGACAAUAUCCCACCUUGACUCCACAAAACUUUAUAAUGUGCAGAGACCAAAAACCAGUUUGUAUUACUGCAGUCACUCCUAAUGACUCUCCCUAUUCUGCACCUUUCAGAUUUGAUAUUUCUGAAAGGAGUAUGGGUUCAGGAUGGCAAACAACACAACAUGAUGCUAAAUCUAUAUAUCUUUUACCAAGGAGUGAUAUUCCAUUUGGAAUAUAUACAAUUCCUAUCCGUGUGACGGAUAAUGCAGGAAGACAAGGAACAAGUAUGGUUACAGUUAACUAUUGUGAUUGUAUUACUCCAAGUGAUUGUGGUGUUCCCCGACAAGUUUCAUCAACUAUUACUCUUGGUGUAUGGGCCAUCCUUGCAAUGAUUCUGGGAUCACUAUUACUGCUAUUAAUCCUGAUUACACUUUGUGGCUGUUAUGGCACGGGGGCAGUGAGUAAACAUGUGACUGAUGAUUUAGCUAAUCAGAACUUAAUUAUAUCAAACACAGAAGCACCAGGAGAAGAGGUGAUGGAUCCAAAUAUAAUUCCUCUACAAGCUGCAACUGUAAAUUCUUGUGAUCAAGGGGUUGGCAUGGGCACAAUAGGACAUGAAGUAAAAACUGGGGGACAGAGUUUUGAAAUGUCCAAAGGAGGACAUCAGACCUUGGAAUCAGUCAGGGGAUAUGGACAGUCCACGAUGGAACAAGGCAGAUACUCAUACUCAGAAUGGCAGAAUUUCAUGCAUUCUCGUCUAGGUGAAAAGGUGUAUAUGUGCAGACAGGAUGAAGAAAAUAAGCGUUCUGAAGACUAUGUCCUUCCAUAUAACUAUGAAGGAAGAGGAUCAUUGGCUGGUUCUGUAGGCUGCUGCAGUGAUCAGCAAGAAGAGGAGAUGCUUGAGUUUUUAGAUCAACUGGAACCCAAGUUUAGGACACUAGCAGAAACAUGUGUAAAGAGAUAAAUGUGCCUGUCAGAGUACUGAAAUCUGUAAAUAAAUGGUAUUGUCGUCGUGCUUCUCAGAGGAUAGAUAUUUUUAAACUUGAAUGUAGCCGAUUCUGUGUUGUUGUUGUUGUGGUUUUUUGUUUUUUGGUUUUUUUUUUUUUUUUUUUCCUUCCUUCUUGCUAAGGGAAGUGGCUUACAAAAUAUAUUUAGGGUUGUUAUAAGGAUGUAAAUCCUGCAUUAAUUCUGUAGUAUAUAAUAGAUUUUUGAUCUGUACUCAUUACCUAUGCUUUAAAGUUUAUAUCUUAGGUGUUUCUUUUAAAAUGAUGUGAAUAUAAUAAUAUUGCAUUUUACUUAGCAUUAUAUUUUCUAUUGUGUUUACUUUUAAUACAAGACUUGGUGUAUUCCUUAUUUUAAGUAUUAACCUUCACAUUUUUCUUUUAUUUGGCUUGAGAGGUGGAAAGCUUUAUUUCAUUCAUCCUUUUUCUUAGGAAAAAAUAGUAUAUAUCAAAAUAACUAGUUUUAAUGUCUUAGCUGUACAAAUUGAGAUCCAAGACUUCAAUUUUACAAGUAAAAUUUCAGACUAAGAUGCUAGAGGAUUACAUUGUAAGAAAUUUUGUUGGAUGGAAAACAAAACGAAAAACCAGUAUGUACUGUAUAUAUGUAACAAUAUUCAAAAAUAUAUUUCCUCCUAUUGGACUAGUGCCCACCAAAUGUACUAUCCCAAGGGAUGUAGAUAAGUAUUGUAUAUAAGCAUUUAAGUAAUAUGCUUGGAGAUCAUGAAUUCAGCAUAUAGGGAUAACUAUUGUAAUGCAAAUGAAGUACAAUAGACCUCAUAUCUUGAACUCCAAGAGUAUUACUUAUCGUCUUGUUCUAGAUAUAAUUUGUUCCUCAGCUGUUUGUAAGCUUCAGUAUAACCACAUCAGAGAUGGUGAAUAUCGCUUAAAGUUUUAUACAAUAUGGCUACUCAUGCCAACUGUAAAAUUCAGGUUAGGUAUGUGUCACUGGAGAAAAAAGGACCCCAAAGCAAAGGAGGCAGUGACAACUUUAUUUUUAAUCAUAUUAUGGAAUCAGUCAUUUCUUUCUGUGAGCAGAACUGACAAAAAAUAUAGCAUAAAACUGGACACAGAUGGCACUGAUAAAUUUUUCUUUAAAAAAAAAAAUUCAAGUAUGAUGCCCACUGUUAUGGACAGUAAAUAUCCUACUAUUUAUUAAUAUGAGGAGUUUACAACUAUAGACCCAUUAGGAAAAUGAACAAAUAUAUUGCACAAGCAUAAUUAAAAUACUUUAACACUGUAUAUAAGAUUGUGACCUCAUGAUUGUGAUAGUAAGAUAUAAACCACCAGUUCCUGAAUUCAGUAAGUCUUCAGCUGGUUAAUUUUUGCUAUCCUGGGUAAAUUAUUCAUCUUUGCUGUGCUCCCAAGAUUCUUUUGUGCAUUAAAUAAGUUUCCCUUGUAUUAUUUAAAAAAAAAAAAGAGAAACUUAAGGUUUUUUGGUUUUUUUUUCUAAUGCUGCUUUUAGGAGUUGCUCUGUAAAAACGUGCCUUAGGAUGGAAAUUGUUUUUUACCUGUAUUAUGAUUUUUUUUUUUUAAACAAGUUAUCCAUGACACAGGGUCAUGUUGCUCUGAGUCUGUGUGGAGAUCUGCCAUUGAUGACAAUGAGAAUUCCACACAUGAAUACAAGUCGGUGCAAAACCCUAAUUGUCUAAAGAACUGCAAAAGGUAGAUACAAAGCUUUACACUUUAAGUAAUAUUUUAUCUAUCAGACUGUAAGUAGACUUCAGAAUAUUUUUAAUAAGACCUAAUUGUGGUGGUCUUCACAAGGAUGAAAAUGUUAAAGGUAUUCUAGAUUAUCAGUAGUCUGUCAGUGGAGCUGAAUUUACACUGAGCAAUGUCUGCUGCCAACACUAAAGGCAAGACCAUUACUGACAUCAAAGAUUUUAAUAAGAUCAAAGGUAUUCUGAACUAAUCUUGUUACAGAAAAAGUAAAUCCUGAUGGCAUUGCUACUCACCCACACCAGUGAGUUUCUUUGUAUAUUAAGGGCCAGGUCCUCAGCCAGUAUAAAUUUGCAUAUCUCUAUUGAUGCAAAUGAAGCUAUGCUGACUUCACACCAACUGAAGAUGGGGCCCUAAGGGACUUAGUAUUAGCCUUUCUGUUUUCAUAUACAGUAUCUUCAAUGUUAGGUGUAGAUAUUUUAAGAUGACUUGAUUUCCUCCUCCCUUUAGAAUCUUUUUUUUAGCUAUAAGAAAGCCUUUGACUCAUGAGGGUCCAUGGUAAAUGUAACCACAAACAAAAAAACUCAGCCCACCAGUCUUUUUUAUAAACACUGGAUAUAAAAAGUAAAAUUCCAGAACUGUUUUCAUUAUUCAAGAAGACACUAGAACAGUACUGUUUAAAAAUCAGGGGCCAAAAAUAUUCAUCCUUGGUGUGACUUAAUUGAGUGUACUGGAGCCAAAAGCAUGUUACCAAUCUAAUUUACAUUCACCAUUUAUCCUGUUUGAUUAUUUUGUACAUUUUACUCAGCUUGGACAAUUCAAUUAAAAUGAGUCAGUUUCACUUGUACAUUGCUGCAUGCAUUGCUUGAAUAGCAGGUGAAUGUUUAAAUCCAAAUAAACCAUUUUUAAUCGACAUUACUAUUCAUUUUUGUCACUACCAAGCCUAAACGUGGUGCCAUAGCUACCUAGUAGUGUUCCCGUUAUAUUUGGUAACCUUAUGCUAAAAAAGGUAAUAGCCUACACUAGGAAAAUAAUUUUAAAAUUAGAUUGUCUAAUCUAAUUUGAGAAUUUGUAUAAACCGUAAGAUUUAUAAAUCUUAAAACAUUUAACUAUAAAAAAAAUUGCACUAAGCACACGUUAUUUGAAAAUUUAUACUUCACUGAUUGUUACUGUCUUGGAUGACUUGUUCUCUCCAACUAGGUAAUUUCAAAAACUGUCUAGUUGUGUAAACAUCAUCUUGUUUAAUGUCAUUUUUUUAAAAAAUUGUACAACAGUGAGUAAUAAAAUGGAUUUUUGGAACAUAAAAA